AUGGCGACAAUGACGGUAACAGAGACACAAAAUAAGAGAAGGCUGCCGAAGAAUGUAAAGUUGCCACCCGAGAAUGAGCGCUACAUGCGGGCAUGCGCAGAUAUUGCGUCGGCGCUCAUCCAAGACUACGAAUCCCAGGCCGAUGGAACAAAACCAAAGAAAGAUUUGAACUUGAAUUCCUUGCGCGGUCAGAUUGCAAAAAAGCAUUAUUUGAAGAGCCAGCCGCCGCUUACGGCGAUUAUUGCCGCCGUGCCAGAACACUACAAGAAAUAUAUUUUACCAAAACUUAUUGCAAAGCCGAUCCGCACAUCAUCAGGUAUUGCAGUAGUGGCAGUCAUGUGCAAGCCACAUCGCUGCCCGCACAUUUCUUACACUGGCAACAUUUGUGUAUACUGCCCAGGAGGCCCAGACUCGGAUUUUGAAUACUCGACUCAAUCAUACACGGGCUAUGAGCCAACAUCUAUGCGCGCCAUCCGAGCGCGGUAUGAUCCGUAUGAGCAAGCUCGUGGUCGUGUUGAUCAAAUCAAGUCGUUAGGUCACAGUGUAGACAAGGUUGAGUACAUCAUCAUGGGCGGUACAUUCAUGUCACUCCCAGAGUCCUACCGAGAUGAGUUCAUAUCACAGUUGCACAACGCCCUAUCUGGAUAUCAAACCAAGGAUGUGGACGAAGCCGUUGCAGCCGGUGAAAUGAGCAAUAUCAAGUGCGUCGGUAUCACAAUCGAAACGCGACCAGACUACUGCCUGGACCAACAUCUUUCAUCGAUGCUACGAUACGGAUGCACGCGUCUAGAAAUCGGCGUACAAUCCCUCUACGAAGACGUAGCCCGCGACACAAACAGAGGCCACACCGUCGCCGCCGUAGCAAAAACCUUUUGCCUCGCCAAAGACGCUGGCUUCAAAGUCGUAUCGCACAUGAUGCCCGACCUACCCAACGUAGGCAUGGAGCGCGACCUCGAUCAGUUCGUCGAGUACUUUUCCAACCCAGACUUUCGCACCGACGGCCUCAAAAUCUACCCCACACUCGUCAUCCGCGGCACGGGGCUCUACGAGCUAUGGCGAACAGGCCGCUACAAAAACUACACCCCCAACGCCCUCAUCGACAUCGUCGCCCGCAUCCUCGCUCUCGUACCGCCGUGGACUCGCAUCUACCGCGUGCAGCGCGACAUCCCCAUGCCCCUCGUGACUUCCGGAGUUGAAAACGGUAAUCUGCGCGAACUAGCACUCGCCCGCAUGAAGGACUUCGGUACUUCGUGUCGCGAUGUGCGGACAAGGGAAGUCGGUAUCAACGAAGUCAAGCACAAGAUUCGUCCGGACCAGGUCGAACUCGUGCGUAGAGACUAUACGGCUAACGGCGGGUGGGAAACGUUUCUCGCGUAUGAGGAUCCCAAGCAGGAUAUCUUGAUUGCGCUGCUGCGUCUGCGACAGUGCUCAAAGGAACAUACAUUUCGGCCGGAGUUGACGGGCCAGCCGUCGUCGCUGGUGCGCGAGUUGCAUGUUUAUGGGUCGGCGGUGCCGAUCCAUGCGAGAGAUCCAAAGAGGUUCCAGCAUCAGGGCUAUGGCACGCUUUUGAUGGAGGAGGCGGAGCGGAUAGCGAGGGAAGAGCAUGGAAGUACGAAGAUUAGUGUCAUCUCGGGUGUGGGUGUCCGCAGUUACUAUGCGAAGCUUGGGUACUGGCUGGACGGGCCGUACAUGAGCAAGACGCUCGAGCCAUUGUGGGAGAGGGAGUGGUGA